GGUUCAUAGUGUUUCUUCUUUUCUUGGGCGCUUUGUAGUUAAUUUGGGCGAUGCCUGAGCCAGCGAAGUCUGCUCCCGCCCCGAAGAAGGGCUCCAAGAAGGCGGUGACCAAGGCGCAGAAGAAGGACGGCAAGAAGCGCAAGCGCAGCCGCAAGGAGAGCUAUUCCAUCUACGUGUACAAGGUGCUGAAGCAGGUGCACCCCGACACCGGCAUCUCCUCCAAGGCCAUGGGCAUCAUGAACUCCUUCGUCAACGACAUCUUCGAGCGCAUCGCCGGCGAGGCUUCCCGCCUGGCGCAUUACAACAAGCGCUCGACCAUCACCUCCAGGGAGAUCCAGACGGCCGUGCGCCUGCUGCUGCCCGGGGAGCUGGCCAAGCACGCCGUGUCGGAGGGCACCAAGGCCGUCACCAAGUACACCAGCGCUAAAUAGUGGAGUGGCUGAAACUUCUCAGCAGGCACACCCACACUAGUGACCUGAGGAGAGAAACCUUAACCCCACAAUGGCUGCAUCUUCUCUGAGGAUGAGGCUAAUGCUCAUAUUUUAAAUGAAGGGCAGUGUGUGGAUUUCUCCACGAAGGUAUCCAAAAACAGCCCUGCCAGAGCUGCUGUGGGGCGGCUAAACUGCUAUCCCUUUUCUAGGGUGGGGUCCCCACUCUUUGUAAGGAAGGAUACUGGGGUCCUAACACAGGGAACCAUCUUGCCCAUGAGGCCUCCUUGUCAUUGAGCACCCCAUCUGUGUUUCCUGUUCCAAUUUACAACUAUUUUUUGGUCAUAAUAUAUAUCAAGAUCUGAGAUGCUAUGUUUUACUUCUUCAUUGGCUUAUUAUUAUUACUGUGCAACCCUCCACACAAAUUUUUUUGGCACUGGAUUUGAGGGUUGUGGGGUAGGUUAUAUUUUGAUCACUUGUAUUUCUCAGCUUCUAAAACAGUGCUCAGGAAAGCACAUCUAUGAGUAAAGUCAUACUCCUCUGUUCUGCUGUUGCCAACUGGAAGAUACCGAGGGAACUUUCUUUACUUUCCUUAGGGGAUGAUCCAGAAGAUGAAAAACAACUUGUCAUUCUGUGUUCCUUACAGCUGAAUUCCCAGUUUUUGCUCCUGGGGAAAAAAAAAAAAAAAACUAAUUCAGUUUUGUUAAAAAUUCUUUUUACCUGAAUUUUUUUUUGUUAAUGAUUAUUAGCAUAUACAGUGUUUUCUUUUCAUAUAUCAAAACGGCAGUUGAUACAGUGCAUGACUUGAAAACAUACCUGCCCUCUCUAAGGCUCAAACU